GAGCUAGCGCCACUGGGCAAGGCGAUGUUUAUUUUUAAAAUAAACAAAAAACUUUAAAGAGAAACGCAAGAUCAUGGAAUGACCAUGAACGCUUGGCAUUUAACAUAUCAAAAAUAUUAAAUGGUUAAUCGAAAUACCACUCAGUCUUAUAAAGACUUGAAAAGCGACCACUCACACGAAGAUACAAGCAGGCAUGCCAUUGGCCACGGGGGAUGUGACGUCAGCAAACAGUCUACAUGCAGGAAUGCUAUAUCUGUUCUCCCAUUGACUAAGGUCGAGACGUAUGACUGAUAGACAUGAGGCACAAGUCAACCGUUCCUCCAUCUGCUUUUUUUUCUUAUGAUGUAGAGCUAUAUCCAGGCAUCGCCCAAAGACUACUGAGUGGCGGCAUUUUUGCUCUGCUGGCACAAUCCGCAGGAGGCCUGGAAACCCAAGGCGUGCGCUGCUGAGAGACUUUCUAGAAUACCGUCUUAUCGGAGGCAGGAACACAUACCACGGAGAGCCGGUGUUGGGUUACCGAUGCGACUUGGUAGGCAUCUCGCGUUAUAAGAAGCAGUUUUAAACCAACGUGCUGCAUCAGACGAUCACUUCUCAUCAGACGACCAUCGCAUCAUCACCGCAUUGGCUGGUACGCUGACAUCACAUUUUACAUUAGUUUAUGGAGUUACCAAGUGCACGCCACAAACUCCACAGUGCUGAACUGAACCAGCUUACAGUGGGGACUCCAAAAGACAUUAGUGGAUUGUUACGAGCCCAGACUGAGAACAUUUUAGACUGAGAACAUUUUAGACUGAGAACAUUUUAGCAUCAACCGUUGUGGGAUGAAUAUCGAGAUAAAGAUCCCGCUGACCCACCCCCGCGUGGAGUACAGCAUCACCGGUGGUGAUGGAGCAUCCAACCCGAUCAUUGUUUCCUCUGUGCCUGCUGCCUCAUCCAAACAGAUGAUCACCAGGCAGGUUUACACCACGGGAAGCCCGCAACAAACCACAGUCGAAUCAGCUACAAUGCGGACUUCAUCUGGCAGGCGUGUGGAGGUGAAUGUGCAACCUUCUGCACCAACCAAACCCACACUCUACCAAGGCUACUACGUCACAUCACCACAGCCAACUAUCAUCAGUUCACCCACAGAGUCAUCACCACCAACACCAUCAGCAUCAUCACAGCCGAACUUUACUACUAAAAUAGUCAGUUCUCCCUCCUCGGGUCCCCCAGAGCCAGCUCGCCAGAGUAGCCGUGUUGAAUGCGACGAGCAUCGGUUCACGGUGACCCUGGAUGUAAGUCAGUAUCGUCCUGAAGAUGUUGAAGUGAAAGUCAAGGAUAACAAGCUGACGGUGCAUGCCGAGCAGAGAGAAGGUCACACAGCCACAGGGUAUGUCCAACGCGAGUAUUACCGCCAAUACACACUACCAGAAGAUGUGGAUAUCAGCCUUGUCAAGUGUUACUUGUCUGAGAAGAAAGUCUUGACCGUGGAGAUACCCAGAGUGCCCCUGACGGACACAAGAGAGAGACAGAUACCAAUCAUGAUGAUCGAUGGUAACCAGAAUGCCACUAGAGGAGGAAAACGCACCUACUUUGUGGAGGAGAUGAAUACCAGUGAUGCAGAUUCCUUCAGAAAAUGAACGGAUAUUAAUAACAGUUUCCUGGACAACAACGUAAGCAUGAAUGAAGAUUUUAGUUUUAAAAAUGACGCAAGUUUCAAUAUGGCUAGCAUUACAGGCCUUGUGACCGAUAACCAACGUCCACUGGUUACACCAAUAACCACAACCUUUAAUUUGUCCAUUUUACUUUUAUACUUCAUUCAACUUUCCACACAUUCUUCGUACUGGCCAGUGGCACCUAAUAGAGAAUAGCAGGUGGAUACGGAUUCUUGGAGUUAACCACAUUCACAUGAACCUAUAUUUCUAAUUUAUGACAGCAGAAGAAAUACUCCAAAUUCCUAAAACUAAAAAUGGUUAAAAAGAAGAACCAUCAAGAGUAAAUUCGAACAUUCUAUUUAACUAUGUAGAAAGAUGCAUGGCUGUCAACAAUAUUAGAAUAUUACUUGAUCUUUUCAAAUUAUUACUAAGUCAACAUAUCGGAGAAGCAUGUUGCAAUUCCUCAUUAAUAGAGCAUUACGCUACCGGUGACAUAUUUAUAGAAGCAGUUUGACAUGUCGCAUCUUGGCACGGUCAAAAUCUGGAUUCGCACGGGAACAUUAAACUGAGAUUAAAAAAACCCAGAAAUACUUGAGUCGUGCCACCAGCCCGCAAUGGAAUGGCAUGCUGCUCGACGCUUUCACGCACCGAGUCGAAUCAACAUGCAUCUUCCGUCAAAUUAUCCCCAUGAUAUCGAGUAAAUGAUGAGACACAACGUGCUGCAAGAACUAGAAGAAGGAAUGUGGAGUCUUGUCACGGCAUAUUUGCGAAGUAAACCUAUACAGUGUCAAUAUGAUUUCGCAAUGGGAGAGAUGCUCAUGGUGUGAUGGAGGUAGGACACAUGGUGCCACACCAUCUUAAUGAUGCUGGCUGCUGACCAUAGCAACCUAGACGAUGACGGUAGAUUGGUAACAGUCACGUGAUGCAGGAACAAAAGAUGUUGCCCUUCAUCAAAAGAACAUCUUAUCUUGCAAUAAAUACAAUUAAUUAAUUAAUGACAAAUCACGGUUUACUUUUAGCUUAAAACUAACGUCUUUGUUUUUGUUUUAUUUAUUCGGGAUUUUGUCACAAAACCAACCAAUCGUUGAUAGCACACUUUGAUAAUAGUUAAUCGUGCAUUUUCGUUGUUAUUCAAGAUGCCAGUUAAAUUUGCAUUGCUUGUUUAAAAAGAAGUGUUUAUAUUAUACUUUAAGUUAUUUGAAGGGAAAGAUAAUGUAACUGUAAAAAAAUAUGUUGUAUAAAAGCCAGUAAUUCGAGAUUUAAUCAAAGCGAUGCACAUGCUUGCACUGGUGCGCCAAGGUUAAUUCGGUUUCGGUAUCGACCGAAGUUCGUCGGGGAGUAUAGGUUUUUCUCUUGAACUUUUGGGCAAAAAAAUGUCCUGAAACUUCACCUAGUUGAGAAACACGACUUUCAAUAUGGCUGGAUUAAAACCUCUUCCAUUAAACGGCGGUCAAAAGAUUUACGGAGAAGUUGUAUAUGAUGAUAAUAAUUGUUAUUAUUAGCCUAAAUCAUGCAGCGAAAGACCGACUUACUUUUGACGAGCUGCAUGUUGACAUUUGGGAGGCAUACGGGGCAGCCUCGAAACUGUACGAUUGCCAAAUCUUAUUCAUGUUGAUGUGAAUACUGUUAACUAAUUGAAAAUAUCGAGCGAAAAUAUUGUAAAUCUAUUUGUAGAAAUGUCAAGAAUACACGCUGUUUUUUUAGUCGACGCCUUUUGCAUGAAAAAAAUAUGAUGAUUGUGUAAAUAUAUACUGUUGGAAGUUUGUUCCCGUAAAUUAGAUAUAUCAAUCAAUGAAAUAUGUAAAAACUAUUUGCACAUCCGUCUCUGUUAAAGAAAGGUCCUCUUAUCUAUUGUCGACAAGAUUGCAAUUUAUUUCAGAUGUGAUUUUCAACAUUGUUGAUUUGAAAACAAGUCGGAGAAAGUAAAAUUUUUAGAAUUGGACCUUGUUGUGAUGGAAUGGUAUCUAUUGAAUUUAACACCAAAAGACGCCAUUCCAUCACAAUGAUGGAAUAAUGCCAUUUGCGUCAAUCGCCAAAAGGCUUUCUGUUGUGCUUUACUUUAUUUUAGAUAACACUUAAGGUUGUUAUUGUUUGAAGAUAAAAAAUGAAUUUCUGGAAAAUUAAAAAUCUCGAUCUUGUUGGCAAAGAU